AUGAGAGCCCCAGAUAUACGAACGACUUCAACGAGUGAGACCCCAAAUUCGACAGAAGAGCCAACUUGGGGGGAGAGCGACGGCGCGAAGCAUUGUGCGCGUCCGUCUCGAAAAGCUACGAGUGACUUUGAUCACACGCUUCGGUCGUUUAAGCAGACGAUCGAUCGCACAACACAAAUCGCCCGCCGGAACAUGAGCGUACCACAGCAGCCUCAGCAACGCCCGGGACAAGACCAGAUACGGUUGCGAAUGGGGCGACAGCGCUCCGCUCAGGGUUCUGUUUCAGCAGAAGAGUCUCAAGAGUCUGCAGGACAUCUUCGAGAUCUCCACCAUUCGUCGUCACACUCCGAGCAAAAUAUUUGGACAGCUUACGAAUCUUCGGAGCCUCCCCUGCAAUUGGGACCGUCGCACCUGACCACAAACGAGUAUCUAGACAACUACGGAAGCUCGUUUUUUAAGUCGCUUCGACCAGGCUUAAAGCAGUGCUCCAUUGGCCCUCAAGAGUUGCCGCAGCAGCGUCGAAACUCGCACCAGAGCUCAAGCCAACAUGUCUAUAAAUCGCUGCAAAUUCUGGACAACAGCUUCGAACAUUUCCUACGGCGAUCGCCGUCAAUAUCUAAUGACGAUGCAGAUGGUAUUUUCGCCCAGCAGUCUCCACAUCCACUACAGCGUAAAUCGGUAACAUUCCGGCAGUGUCAGCAACGUCGUGGUAGCUGUUCAACUAGCAAUGAAAGCAAUAGCAGCCAGGAGGCUUGCAUUGAGCUGCCGCCAAUCCGUCGUCGCGAAAUAAUUUCACAUCUGGAUGAAACCGUGCAAAACGUCAUGGCGUCGAUGCUUUCAGAAGAAUUUAGCAACGCGCGUUGGAAGCAUAAAUUUCACAAGACCGACAUUUCGUAUUUCAUAGACGAAGCUAGUGUCGAGUCCGGCCUCACGCGAUUUUGCUGUGUGACCAACAUUUACGCGACGGUGGAGGAUUUCUUGAAGCUCUUUCUGGUGUCUGAUCCUGACUCGAUGGCUCGGAACGACCGUGUGCUCUCGGGUAGCUUGCAUGAGUCCCGGAUCCUGGCAGACCUGCGCCAGCCGACACCGGACCAACCGAUGAACUCAAUGUACGUGAGAUUCGUGAGCUCCCAGGCUCCUGGUCUAUUGGCGGCCCGAGAAAUGUGCUUUACCAUUGCUACGGAGAUGAUUCGCCUGCCCGAUGGUUCGACUAUCGGCUUCAGUCUGUGGGAUACCGUGAAUUAUCCAGAGUUUGCCGAGGUCACCAACAACUAUGAGCCUUGCACCCCCUUUCGUUCGGGAUUUUUCCUUCAGAGCUCAGGACAGACCCAAUCGUCAAGUGGUAGAAGCAAUCAAGCCAGUACAAAAAUUGUGUACGUGGUUGAAUCGGAACAUGGAGGCUGGGCGCCAGGCAUUACCGUUAGACUGCUGAUGGAAAAGUUUGGUGCAAACCUCGCCCGCCUUUGUGCGCACUUUCGUCGCAAGCAGCUGGACUCGCGCACGUUUGUGAUGAAGACCGAGUGGCAGUCAAGAAUGUCUGCGAAGAGCUGCAAGCGGUGCAAGAAGCCAUUUCAAAUACUAUCGCACCGCGUAAACUGCCACGCGUGUGGUCAUGUCGUAUGCAAAGCUUGCGUAUCGAAGGAGCUGGUGGAGCUGCAUGCCGUUGGCCUCGUCCCCAUGCCAAUAUGCUUGAAUUGUCUUAAUAAGGCUGGACUUUGCAUUCCGAAUUUAUAA